AAUUCGCGCACCAUUCAAAAGAAGGACAACUUCACUGCCUCUCAAGCCCCUCCUCCUCCUCUUCCUCCUCUCUCACAUCAAUCCCCCUUCCACCCCAUCCUCACCACCCGCCAAAAUGCCUUCCCUGCACUCGAGCAAGCUCGCCUUCCUAGGCGGCGGUAACAUGGCCUCGGCCAUCAUCAAGGGCCUGGUGAGCCACGGCGUCCCGAACCAGAACGUCUACGUCUCGGAGCCCUGGGAAGUCAACCGGGAGAAGAUGGCCGCGAUCGGCGUGCGGACCACCACCUCGAACGUCGAAGCCGCCGGCGACGCCGACAUCGUCAUAAUCGCCGUCAAGCCCCAGGUCACGAAGGGGGUAUGCGAGGAGCUGUCGGCCGCGUGGGCGAAGCGCACGACCCUGCCGAUUAUCGUCAGCAUCGCGGCGGGAAUCACCCUCGAGAGCUUACAGAAGUGGGUGCAGACUGCCGAUGGGCGCGUCGCGCAUGUGGUUCGCGUCAUGCCCAACACCCCCGCGCUUGUGACGGAGGGCGCGUCCGGUGCGUAUGCCAGUGCGGAUGUCACGGGUGAGGAGAAGGAGCUGGUCAAUGAGCUGCUGAGCAGCGUGAGUAAGACGACCGAGUGGGUGGAUAAGGAGGGGUUGUUGAAUGUGGUGACGGGGUUGUCUGGAUCCGGUCCCGCUUACUUCUUCGCCAUGGUCGAGCACCUCGUCGCCAGUGCCACCGCCCUCGGUCUGUCCAAGGAACAGGCGACUCGGCUGGCCGCGCAGACAUGUCUUGGUGCCGGCAAGAUGCUCGUCGAGUCGUCCGAUGACCCCACCCAGCUGCGCAAGAACGUCACCAGUCCUAAUGGAACGACCUAUGCUGCUCUUCAGACGUUCGAGGCCUUGGGCUUCGCGGAUACGGUCGAUAAGGCUGUCAAGGCUGCUACCAACCGGGCCGCGGAGCUGGGUGAUAGUCUUGGGAAGCUAUAAGUGUUUGGGUUGUUGAUACCAUUUUGUGUGUGUGUGUGUGCUAGAUCUCAUGAUUACAGACCUCUCUCAUGUAUCUAGUUAAUUAAAAUAUCUCACUGCCAUUUACAUUUCCG